CAUUCUGGAAGUGAUAGGCAGUAAACUGGCUGCCCGUGACUUCCACUCAGCGCUAGCAAUAAUCAACGACCCGCAAAAUGAUCAAAUGAUAAAAUUGCUAUCAAUGGAGCUGAUAUCGCAAAUCGCAACUGAGCUCGUCGAUGACGAAACGUUAGAAGACAGGGAAAUGCUGCUGAUGCGUUUGGCGCACAAGUGCAGUCCGGCUGAGGUGUUGCACGAACUUAUGGCAAGGAUGCAAUUUUGCUCCUGCGAUGAAGUGUUUACCAGCCUGUUGAAAGUGAUUCAGGUUGCGCUGCGACGACUUCCGGUAAAGCGUGCUCGCUGUGCAGAAUGGGUGUACGGUUCGAUCAUGGAUUAUCUCAAUAAGAUCCCGCUGCCGGAAGUGCUGACCAAGGAGCUGGACGAUAAAGAGUACAUGCUAGUGGAAAACGAUGAAAGCGUCAUGAGAUUUCUGAAGCUCUAUCUUCACAUGUUGCUUUUCCUCGAGCCUCUCGUCGCGCAGUUGGCGGCGUCAGUACAAGACGGUGUCUUCUUCGACACCAAGAUGACGCAGAAAAAUGUUCUGUUUUGUUUUAUCCUGCGGCUUAUGGGGAAACUGUUGCCCAUGCUUCCAUGCCGUGAUCCUCAGAAACUCAAAGACCGCCACCUGCCUCAGCAAGAGCACACGAGUACAACCUACUCGUGGCAAGUGGCGAAAGACAUGACAAAACUCGCUACGACAUUGGUCAAGAAUCCAUUCUUCCUGCUGCCUUAUGGAGAAAAGUUUACCGGCCACGAUAAGCUACUGAAGAAAUGGUCCAAAACGGAAGAGACCGGCGAUGAUCACGAAGAUGCUACAAGCGAAGAUUAUUUCAUGAACGGCAAUGAGCAUAUGAUGGAUGGCCUUGCGAUUCUGUACUAUGAUCUACUGGGUAAUGGCUGUUCUACUUUCAACGUGCCACUCGUUUACGAAGCUCGUUACGUCUUCGAAAUGGGACUUCACUAUGUAGUGCGGCUCGUCAACUUACCGUACACGGUGGCACUGCUAAAAGGCAUUCGGCUUGCGCGGUCGUUAGUUGAGAAGGUGAAAAGUGUUCCACUUUCAGCCCGCGAGCUCGAGUCACCAAUUCACAUCAGUUUUUGUGGGCGCUUCAUUCGUGCGUUAGAGCUUUCGAGAAACAAUUUCAAUCGCGAUACGGGAGUACGGUUGCUACGGAUGUAUAUUCGGGUUUUCGACGACGAAGGAAGAUACACCAUUUUCGCCCAUCUUCUGAAGCACUUUGACGGUGACUCUGUCCGGUCGUUUGCGAUCAACGAAUAUAGGGAUCUGGCUAGUGCGAAAAUGUUACUGGGUCACGAAGCGCCGCUGCCGCUGUGGUAUAGUGGUGAGGUUUUGCGCGAAAUGUUACUCAGCCACAUUUGCGUGCUGAAAGAGGGGGUAGAAACGGACCUGGUCGAACGUAGCUUCACCCUCACCAGUGCCCUAUCGGCACUUUGGGUGCUGCUCAAAACGGAUCAAUCGAACCGCAGUGGCGUGUGGGACUGUUUUGGUGAUCUUGAGAAGCAGUUUCUCGCGAAACUUCGCACGGCACUAGAUCUGAGUACAGCACACUACAAAAACGAGCUGUCUGCUGUUAACCGGGGAGAUCGAGACGAACAGACCGGCGAUAUGAGCAAAGUUUCCAUCAGCGCACUGAAUGGUGAAGCGCCGCCGAUUAUGACACGCGAGAACAAUAUCGAUUUCCUUAACCGCAUGAUCUUGACGCUGGAAAUGUUGGAAUUCAACUUGUCCCGCAUUAGCAACGACAUCGAGCAGUUGCGAAAGGCGCGAGCUGUAUGAAGAA